CUGAACUGCGUGUCUGUAGGUCUUCGUGUUACUACAUUAAUAUGAUUGUCAUGGCGUUUUUUUUGUAGCAUCCUGGUUCCUUCCCGGAUUGUUUCAGUAUACAGGACAGCUCUCGGUAAAGUACCAUCAGUGUAAAUCCAGUUAGGAAUUUGCAGAACUUUUCCAGCAGCGCCGCCGUUAACCGACACGACAGCCGAUUUCCAGAUUUUGUGGUGGUCCUCGUUCAGGAUUUGUCUCUGCACUUCAUCCCAACUCUCAGUGAGACGACGUCUUCAGCCCAUUAAAACUGUGAUCCAGCAGCAGGAAAUGAUGUUUGGAGGAAAAUCUUUGACAGCUGCACCAUUACUGAUACUUCUGAUGAAUAUCUUCAGAGGACAAACCCUUACAUGUCAUCAAUCAGAGUACAUGAUAGGAGACAAGUGCUGUCGUAUGUGUCUUCCUGGAAGUCGAGUUAAAACAGAUUGCUCAGAGUCCAGAGAUACUUCCUGUCUGCCCUGCUCUGAGGGAACCUUCAUGAAUCAUCCAACUGGACUUAAGCGAUGUUUUGCCUGUACAAGCUGUGCUGCAGGUUCUGGUUUGAAAAUAAAGACGUCAUGUGCAGCAACAUCAGAUACAGUUUGUGAACCUCUGGAGGGAUUCCACUGUUUGGACCCUACAGGGGAAGGCUGCACGACAGCACAGAAACACACAAGGUGUCAACCAGGACAAUACGUCAGACAAAAAGGAACAGCAUUAACAGACACUGUGUGCUCUGACUGCACUGGUGAAACAUAUUCAGAUGGAACGUUUCCAUCCUGUCAGCCACACAGACAAUGUGAAUCAGAGAAUCUUCAGCUGAUAAAACCAGGAACUGUUUCAACUGAUGCUGAGUGUGGAGAACAAAGUUCAGACUGGAAAACAGUUAUAUGCAUCAUAUCUGCUGUUGUUGUUCUGGUGCUUUUAGUUGUUGUAGUAGUGCUAUCUGCAAUUUAUUGUGUCAGAAAGAAGAAAAGAAAUCUAAACAUAGGUAUGAUUUACAUUUAGACAGUAAAACCUCCAUCAUGUUUUUGAAUGAAAAUAAUCAUUGAUUUGUUGAUGACUGUGUUUUUCAUUGGUGAUGUUUUAUAGCAGAAAGAAGAGAAAAUGCAGAAAAACGGGUAAGUUUUAUACUCUGCACUUUUAUUAGCAGGUCUGUUUCACUGUAUGGAAAAUAGUACUGGGGGGGUCACAGGACACACUUUUCAGACUCAAAGUAACAACCCCUGUUUUUGUUCUUAAACUCUGUUUUUGUGUUUAAUCUUUAUUGUUGUCUUGUUUUUACUGUUAUAUUUUUGGCACUCACUGUGACAAACAUCAUUUCGAUCCCUCCAUACGUCCCGUGCAUAUGGUGUCAAUAAAUAAAGUUGACUUUGACUUGAGCUAGCAGCAAAACUAGCGAAUAACUCAGACCAUCGGAGGGAAAGUGAGACAGAUCCAGAAAUCUGUCAUAUUGUCAUUUAUUUCCAGGCUCACUCCUGUGUUCCCACCCUCCUCUGACUUCCUCCACACACACACGCUGUUCGUCUUCAU